UACGGAAGUAACGUUUGCGUCUCUUCUCUCGCGUUACGUUCUAAACCUUCUCCUUGGUUUAAAGCACAACAUUAGCCAACGUCUUCUGGAUUUGGAAACAGCGUUACCCGGGUGACAUGAGUGUGGCGCUCACGCGAGGGGCGAUUGAAGCCCUGGUCCAAGGCUCACAGGUGGACAACCCCGUACUGCAGCUUCUGAACAUGCGUUCGAUCGAUUGUUCCUCGGGCCAAACCAGGUUCCGGCUUAAGAUGAGCGACGGUCAACACUCUUUGUCUUCCUUGCUGCUGGCCUCCCAAUUAAAUUAUCUGGUGGAAGAGAACCUCCUGGUACCAACCUGUGUGUGCAUGCUGAAGAAGACCACCACCAGCACAUUGUCAGAUGGCAGGCUCGUGGUGACUGUGAUUGAUAUGGAGAUAUUGCAGUCGGCUGAGGAAACCGGAGGGAUGAUUGGAAAUCCAACUCCAUCUUAUGCAAGAGAUAAGACGUCAUCUUCAGAGGAUUCGAUCUCAAGCCCCCCAGCGUGCUCUUCGUCAGUAGCAGUACCUGGACCCUCCUAUGAGGACAACAUAACCCAUUCUCCUCCCCAAGGCUGGGGAAGAAGUUUUGGGGGAACAUCACCCAUGAAGAUGUCACCCAUGAAGAUGUCACCCAUGAAGAUGUCACCCAUGAAGGCGUCUCCCAUGAAGGCGUCUCCCAUGAAGGCAUCACCCAUGAAGGCAUCACCCAUGAAGGCAUCACCCAUGAAGGCAUCACCCAUGAAGAUGUCACCCAUGAAGAUGUCACCCAUGAAGAUGUCACCCAUGAAGGCUACCAGCUCCUCUCCAGGUUCUUCAACAAAAGUGAUGCCUAUUGCCGAACUCAACCCCUACCAAAGCAAGUGGACUAUCAGAGCCCGAGUCACCAACAAGUCCAAUGUCCGCACCUGGAGUAACUCCAGAGGGGACGGCAAGCUCUUCUCCUUUGAGAUAGUGGAUGAGAGCGGAGAAAUCAAGAUCACGGCCUUCAACAACGAGGUGGACACGUUUUUCUCUUUAGUGGAGCAAGGCAAGGUGUACUACAUCUCCAAGGCAACGCUGAAGGUGGCCAACAAAAAGUACAAUUCGCUGAAGAACGACUAUGAGAUGACGCUGCACGCUAAUACAUCCAUUGUGCCGUGUGACGACGGUCAGGAAGUCCCCACAGUGCAGUGUGACUUUGUGCCCAUUGCCCAGCUGGAAAACAGAGACAAAGACGCCGUCAUUGAUGUUAUCGGUGUGUGCAAGAGUGCGGAGGAUGUGUCCCGUAUCACCACUAAGACCAGCAGAGAAGUCUCCAAGAGGGCCCUCCACCUAAUAGACAGAACUGGCAAAGUAGUGUCAGUCACACUGUGGGGAGAGGAGGCAGAGAAGUUUGACGGCACUGGGCAGCCUGUGGUUGCCAUCAAAGGCGCUCGCUUGUCUGAUUUCGGAGGCAGAUCUCUCUCUGUUUUGUUCAGCUCAACACUCAUGGUCAACCCAGACAUACCAGAGGCCUUUAGAUUGAGGGCCUGGUACGACCAGGAAGGCUUCGCUCUCGACAGCCAAUCCCUGACAGAGACGAGGUCAGUGGGCAGCGGGGCAAAGAUGAACUGGAAAACACUGAGCGAUGUGAAGAAUGAACACAUGGGACAUGGAGAGAAGGCGGACUAUUUCACCUGUUUGGCGACGGUGCUGUACAUGCGCAAGGAGAAUUGUCUGUACCAGGCCUGUCCAUCUGCAAACUGCAACAAGAAGGUUGUAGACCAACAGAACGGACUGUAUCGCUGCGAAAAGUGUAACAGAGAGUUCCCCAACUUUAAAUACAGAUUCCUACUCUAUGCCAACUUGGCAGACUUCGGGGAUAACCAGUGGGUGACGUGCUUCCAGGAGACAGCUGAGGUCCUGUUAGGUCACAGCGCAGAAACACUGGGACACUUAAGAGACACAGACGAGACGGCAUUUAAUGAAGUCUUCCAAAAAGCCAACUUCACAACGCACAUCUUUAAAAACAGAGUCAAGCUUGAGACGUACAACGAUGAGAUUCGGGUGAAGGCAACUGUGAUGGAAGUCCAACCAGUGGACCACAGGGAAUACAGCAGAAGGCUCCUCAGUAACAUCCGCAGAUUGGCCAGCUGAACUCAUCCCACGUGUCUCCGACCGACCGACCGACCUCUGGUCUGGCGUGUCCGACGUUUUGCACCAGAGAGAUAAACGGCGCAUCUGACAGCGGCAGCGGAGGAGAGGUUCGGUGAUUCAUCUGAUUACAUGGCAGCCACACAAAAGACUUGAUAUUCAGUUGUUUGCUUCCUACGACAGACCAGUUGUGCAACACUGGAAAUGUGUUGGAAAUUACUUUUGCCUUUUAAUUUACUGACAUUUUACCAAAGAAGUUUGACUUUUAGAAUUAAGCAGAAGUAGUGUGUCUUCGACCUGCUGAUGUUCGUUGUCCUCCGUGCGUCGUACAGAUCGGCUCGCUCUCUUUCUUUCUUUCACACAUCACUCAUGUCUGUCUAAGUCGAGUAAGAUGAUCAUGAUCAUGUCAUUUUUUUUUUAAUUGCGAUUGUUUCGUGUUUAAAAAUUAAGGUGUGGGAAAAGUGUGUUAAAGAUGCAUGUGUUUGUAUUUGUUUUUAACGGUCUUCAUCGUCUCUAUUGCGUUUUAAACCGAAUAUGUUUAUCUUGUGAAAAAGAGUUUGAUUUGCUUUCUAGAAGGUGACCUUUAAAAAAUAUUUAAAUUACUUAAAAACAUUGUUUGUCUUCAUCACUUGCUUUAAAAUGUAUCUAGAUGUCUUGAAAAGUGAGGCAUUGGAAAAAAGAAAGUUUAAAAAGGCUUUAAAAAGUUUCCUGCCACAGGUAGAAAUUUUAGAUUUAAAAUGCGGUUCCAUCAAAUUGCCAACUGUCCUGGGACACUACACACACCGACAAACGAAUCUGGGAUAAAACAUUGUUAUCCCCACUAAUAGUGUGGAACCAUCAUAUAUUUUGACUGUGAAUCAUCUUAUGUGGACUCAAAAAAUGGCCUAAAAAAUUCUUAAAUUCAAUCAGGCUGUUCACUGCUCUCAUUCAGGUCUUUUUACAUUAAACUCCUUUUUCAAAAUGAAGUGGCUGUAUCAACUUUUCAAACUGCUUUUUGCUUGCAGUGAGAGAACAUUCAGACCCUGGAAAGCAAGGACAGCGCUUUAGUGGCGUGCCUCUCUCUCGACCAAGGUGUGGCUCAAGGGCAUGACACUGAUUUAUGUUGGCAGCGGGCCGCCUGCUCCCCUCACUCCGAGCAUCAUCAGCACCAUCUCCUGCCUGCCGCCUGCCAUGCUGUGUGAGGAGAGACAAGAAAUUAUGGCGAGGACAGGGGCUGUGACAAAGGUCGUCCUGCCUGGAAUCAGACUGUGGACCAGGCGCCAUGAGCAUCGUUCAGCUCAACCGCCACUUUGCCUCCAUUAGGCUGUCUUGAUGUUUUGUAAAACUGCACCAUACAGUAUUUUUUCUUUGCUGUUUAUCACUCCUUAAUAAUAUCCUAUCAGUAGGAGAGAGAAAAAUACCAGCAGCAAACUAUGCCAGACUCCAUCGUCUUCUUGUAUCCACAUGCAGCUGCGCACGAAACCCUCAGAAAUGCAACAUCUGCCGUGCACUCAAUCAGUCGGACCUCGAUCCGUUGAUCUGCGCCGUUAUUUGUGUAGCCACAAGCUGUGGAGCUGUGAUAUCCCCUCGGAGGAAAACAGAUUUUCGCGAGUCACGAGAUUCUCCACGCAGCAUUGUCAGUGGCGCCAUGCGGCAGGUGGUCGGGAUAAACAUCUGGUGCUCUGGCUCUCUCCCCCCCCCCCCCCCUCCACCGGCCCCGACGUGAGUGUCCAUUACUAAAAUGCUAAUCGAUAAUUCAAUGCUUUAUAUGUUGCAUUUAGGCAGAAAGUACCCAUAUUCAUAGAGGCAUUUUUUAGUUGUUGUUCCAUAAAAUGAGGCAUCAAAAUUCAUGCUAAAAGGGCCAGAUUAUGGUCUGCUUCUGUAGCCGUAUAUAUCCUUUAACAGCACCAGCCCUCUUCAUCUCCUGUAUUUCUUCAGAUGUGGCCCCUCUUUGUAAUAACGGAAGAGGGAUCCUCUCCGGCCGUUUUUUCUCCUCAGCCUAAUUAGAGACGCUCUCUCCUCACUUCUUUGCCUUCCCAUUUAUCCUGCACCUUAAGAUAAUGAGUUGGGCUUAAUCAGGCAUUCCAAUUCACUUAGAAAUUAAUGAAAUGUUGAAAUCAUUCACAAGGAGUUUUCAUUAAAAAAAAAAAGAUUUCUUGCUCCGUCUGUCUUUUUUCUCCGCUUCUUUUCUUUUCUCCGAUGAAGCUGAUCUCUUUUGUGUCUGUUUAAAAGUCACAGUCGAUUCUUUUAGCACAAGAAGAGCCUGGACAUAAUUAUUACUAUUAUUAUUAUUAUAUAUUAUUAUAGCUUUUACUGUGAAAAAGCAAACUGAAAGAUGUAUGUCGUGGCAAAGAGUUGUUUCUCAGAGGAAUAACACUUUUCAUUACAAUGGUCCUGUAGUGAUGUGUUCAGGGGAACGGUGACUUAUCUUUAUGUUGACGUAAGACUGCAGUCGGACUUUGUUCCGAUCACAUUGCUGUCCUAUCCUCCCAUCCCCGACAAUUUCUGAGCACGUGAGCAGCGGCAGAAGGAAAUGCUGCACGUUGUGUGUUGCGUUCAAGAGCAGGCUCGCGCAGAGUGUAAGGUAAUGAUUGCUCGGCGUGGCUGCAGAAUUAUAGUCUAAUUUAUGAUUCUGGUUCGCGUCCAAACGCACUGACUCAGAAGGCGACAUGCUGUGAGUAGGCUGGUGACACACAUCAGUGACACACCUCCGUCUGCUAAGUGUGUGAGACUCAGGGAGGUAAGAAAGAAAGAAACGCGCAGACUGUUUUAUACUCUGCAGAGGUUUUGCAUUACUGCUCUGAAACUGGUCCAUAAUUCCCUAAUUCUGCAUAUACACACGAGACAUCUGUCAUCAAACUUCUUGUGAAUAUUAAUUGGGGGGGGGGGUAUCUCUAUACCGAUCGGUCAAAUGUCAAGUUUCAACAAAAACAUUGGUUCAAAAAACACAUAUCCCAAGAUAUUGCUUGAAUUAAUAGGGCUGGAGAGACUAUCUAGAGCUUAUAUGGAUAAAAAAAAGUCUUCCACAUUAUAUGUCAGGAAGAAAUCACAUCAUGCAUUCGUUCAAAUAUGCAUUUUUUCUUUUAGGUAUCUCUGCAUCCCAUGUGUUUCCGUAGAAACCGGACCCUAAUGCAGACACCAGGCCAUGUGAUCGGGCCUAUGGUCUUGUCCUUUGCGAAUACAGAUGUGACGUGGUUGGAGGUGAAGGCCACUGUGUUCACGUGACCUGACGGCCAUUCCGUCGCGAAGUCGAUUGCUGAGGGCCGAUGAAAUUUGAGAAAUUCUCAUUUUUUACACUGCAGUUAUUGUAUAUUGUCUCUGACUUGCCCUUUUAACUCCUCCAUUAUUUUCCAAGUGGAACCGCGGUCCCUGGAGACGGGGCGAGCGUCCAGUGACUGGCCCGGUGACCUGUCCUCCUCGAGCACCAGCGGCAGACGAUCGGCUGACCGGCGGCAGGUUUGUUCUCACCUCGUCCAGUUCGCCCGGGCUCCGAGUCUCCUCCCUGUUGCCGACGUCCACGUCACAUCAUCUUCUUCCUCAUCUCGUGCGCUUUCAACGCAUUCACGGCACAUAACUCACACGUACUGUACAUGCAUUUCGUUGCUGGUGCUCUCACAGCCGACUGUUCACUCUGCGAUAAUUUGACUUUAUAUAGAAGACAUUUCCUUCCGUGACACUCAUGUGUGGACUCGCGGCUUGAUUGCAACCCUUUAUUAUCCAGAAGAGGAAAUUCACAUGCGUAAUAAUGCACAAGGACAAAAGAGAACGGCUGAGACAGUCGAUAAUCAGUACUCAUCAGGGAGGCUGCGCAUAAUCUCCCCAAUCACCAUAACCACAUACUGUACAUCCCUUGCACACAAGGUAGAGCAGUCGCUUUGAAUUAAAUGUCCAACAUUAAAAGACAAAAGGACUGAGACAACACGUUAAAGAAACACACGGUGAUUUAAAGACACACAAAUAUGAUUUAAAAGAGGCAAAUAAAAUAAGAUGAUCAAAAUAAGCGACACCGGAAUUUAACUGAUUUAACAGGGGAGUUUAACAUUUUUUAGAUUGCAGUCACAGUGCAGUGAGGAAAACUGUCCUUUUACUUUUCAUGAAAUUGAAUAAAAUGUAGUGGCAAAUUAAAAA